AACGGCGGCCGCGCGCGUGCUGCCCUCUAAAUCGUCAUAUAUACUGUAGCGCUUCCACUAGCCCAAGAACUCACCACCACCACCACUGAAGAGAGAGAGAGAGAGAGAGCUCGAGCUUAGCCAUGGCCGACCACCAUGGCGGCCACCACGCCGACGGGCAUCGCCGGCAGCAGCAGCUGCAGGGGGAGGCGGCGGAUCAGGCGGCGGCGGAGAUCAUCAAGGAGCAGGACAGGUUGCUGCCAAUCGCGAACGUGGGGCGAAUCAUGAAGCAGAUCCUCCCCCCCAACGCCAAGAUCUCCAAGGAGGCCAAGGAGACGAUGCAGGAGUGCGUCUCGGAGUUCAUCAGCUUCGUCACCGGCGAGGCCUCCGACAAGUGCCACAAGGAGAAGCGCAAGACGGUCAACGGCGACGACGUCUGCUGGGCCUUCGGCGCCCUCGGCUUCGACGACUACGUCGACCCCAUGCGCAGGUACCUCAACAAGUACCGCGAGCUCGAGGGCGACCGCGCCGCCGCCGCCGCCACCUCCCGCUCCGGCGCCGGCGCCGCCGCGGGCCCCGACCACCCUUCCUCCUCCUCCUCCGCCGCCGCCGCCACCGCCGGUCAUUUCAUGUUCAACGCCAUGGACAGGUCGACGGAUAGCUCCAGGCAGUUCUAGCCACCGUUCUUUGCGUCGUCUUCUUCUCACCCAACACCCAACCUUUCCUCCUAAUCUUGAGAGCUAGGUGGGGAUGGAUGUGCUGAGAUUGAUUGAAGGACAUGGAAGAUGAGGUUAGGAUGAAGAAGCUAGCAGCUAAGAUGGCCCGGCGACAUGAUGGAUAUGGAGUAAUUAAUCGGAGUAUGCAAAAUGAUCGAUUUUAUAUGAAUAAUUCUUGUACGUCCAAUUUAAUUUUUGUAGUGAUUAAUUAUUUUGAUCUGCACGUUAUGACGAUUGACAUAGUUGGAGUUGGGUAUUUUUGAAUCUGAGUAAAUUUAAUUCUAGAUUUGAUCAAAAGUUGA